AUGCAAUACUCCGAUGGUAGCCUCAUGACGAAGUCGGGCGAUCGCAUGCACUUCCGAUUUGGUAUCCGAAACAUCCAAGCCUCCGGAGCUAUAUCGGAUCAUGAACAUCCCAACGUUCUACGACUGAGAAUCCAGAAGACCUUCAUUGGGAGAAUAAUCGAAGCCUUAUUCAGGAUUAUAUCGAAAGCCACCGGUACAUGGCUGCAAAACAGAUUCCCUGAGUGGUUCUUACCAGAGAGAAUAGUCUUAAAACGUCAGAAAGAGAACUGGGAAGAAGAAUUUGACCAUGAAGUCGUCGCGUACAACAGACUACGACCCAUCCAAGGCCUCACCAUCCCCAAGCUCUAUGGCAUGACCCAGUAUGCAAACACGCGCGCGCUGAUUCUCUCAGACAUAGGAGGAUCAUGCGUCGCAACGCCUGAGGGUGCCGUACUCGAUGAGCAAGACAUUGAGCCCCUGUUUCAUCAAGCCUUGACUUCACUCAAUGAAUAUGGCAUCUGCCAUGAUGACACGAAACUGGACAACUUUCAUCUUGUGACUGAUGAGGGAAGGGAUAAAAUCAUGAUAGUUGAUCUGGAAUCAGCAGACUUUGAGCAAACUGAAGAAGAGCUUGCUUAUACAGCGAAGAACAAAACAAAAGCGCUGCUGCGUCAAUAUCGGAAUCAUUUAAAGUGUUUGGAACAUGACGGCGUUCUGCUACCGAGGCGGCCUGUUAGAAGAUGA